CAACCUCAUUGUAUCCUCUUCCACUCAACUAUAAAACCGCGACGACAACCCCCCCAAUAAUCAUCUCUCUCGCUUUCUCUACCAGCAUAGUACCAAACUAUCCUUAGUUACCAACCCAAUAACCACCAAACAACCUUAUUAUCACCUAGAACAACCGUACGUACUCCCAAACACCACAUUACCCAUCACCCUAAACCGCUAACAUGGCCAGAUCCCGACAAUCCAACUCCCGCUCACGCACCCGCGCCUCCCACAGCGUCACCCGCGCAACCCGCGCCGCGCGCACCCUCGCGCACUUCUUCGGCCUCGACCGGCGACGCAUCGCGCGCGAACGCGCCGCCGCACGACAAGCACGGCGUCUCGCGCGGCAACACCGGCGCGCCGAGCGGGACUUCGCGAACCAAGUGACCGCAGGUCGGGCACAUGGACAAGCGGCCGUGAUCCGGCAGCAAUCGCGACACGCGCUUGAGCGGCGGGAGCGGUUGCCCGACGCGCAGAUCUAUUUACUCGCCGCGAUUGAAGGCGCGCAUAUCGAUCGCCCGGGGCAUCGGAGACGGUUGGCCGAGGGGCUGGUGGUGCGGCUGAUGAUGUAUAACGGGGCGUACUAUUUCCUGUCGGGGGCGGGGUACUUUUAUAAGAGCCCGCAUCGGUACGGGGCUGGGAGUGAGUUGGAUUUCGUGGUCGACACGUGGGUUCCCUUGACGGUGAGGAUUUUUGCGCAGCCUUAUCGGCAGCUGUGUCGGCGGUGAGUUAAGUGUGUGAGUUGAUUUCCGGGCGUUGGGGUAGGUGAGUUACUCUUUGAUCAUG